GUAUUGACUUUCAGUUUUCACAAAACAUCUGUAUUUAGAUCGUAAUGGAGUUAUCGAAAUUAAGGCUUAAUUACUCAGUUUUGGGUACUUAGAGACCGUUUUGUAUAAGAAGAGUGUGCGGUUAAGGCUUUAAAUGUUUUAUUGUGCAUAUCACAAUUUUUUAACUACCAAUAUGUGUAACUUAUCUUUGAAUUUUUAGAGAUAUGUUUGUUAUCACACCAGUGUUUUAGUUGUAUAAGAUAUCAAUAUUGUAAAUAAGAAAGCAUUAAUGUAAUGUGUUCGAAUAAUUUGUAAUUUUGACUAAAAAUACCACAUAUCAGGGAAAAUAAGGUGUUAGAGGCCUAAAUUUAGAAUUGUUUUGUACAUAUUCAAUUACUUAUUGCAUUUACAAACUCGCGUCCAAAGGUUGCUUUAGUCUAAAGUUCGUCCCCGCGAUGGCAACAAAACUGUUCAAAUCUGUGAUUUUGGGGGCCCCUGCGUCGGGCAAAGGCACCAUUUCGUCCCGCAUUGUGAAAAACUUCAACCUGGAGCACAUCUCAAGCGGGGACAAGUUAAGACUGAACAUACAAAACCAGACUCCUGUCGGGAAAGAAGUCGCAAAGUAUCUCCAAUCGGGGCAACUAGUCCCCGACGAUUUAAUGAUCAAAUUUAUAACAGGGGAGAUCCAAGCUGUUGGGGACAAACCGUGGCUUCUGGAUGGGUUCCCGAGGACCGUCACCCAAGCCAGUGCUCUGUGGUCAGUACAAACUCUGGAUGUUGUACUGAAUCUGGUGGUGCCCUUCGACGUGAUCAUUGAGAGAGUCAAGGGACGAUGGGUGCACUUGCCCAGUGGGAGGGUCUACAACAGGGAUUUCAACGCACCCAAGGUGCCGGGGAAAGAUGACGUCACGGGAGAGGAUCUGGUCCAGAGGGAAGACGAUAAACCGGAAGUUGUGAGGAAGCGUCUGGAGCAAUACGAGCAAAUGACGAGGCCUGUGAUCGAUUAUUAUAGGAAGAAAGGAGUCCUGCAGGACUUUCAAGGGAACACGUCUGAUGAAAUUUGGCCAAAAGUGCUAAACUGUCUCGCCACCUACAUACCUCUCAAUAUAACAGCACAGAAAUCAAAAAUUUAAGCUUUGUAAUACUUUUAUUUUUAAUAAAAAACGAACUAUACACAACAACAAUACCA